GCCGAUUACUCCAAGAAUCGUAUCGUCGCUGCACACACUGCUGGCCCUCGAGAGCUCGUAAUCUCUCCCCCCCAUACUUCUUCUGGUCAUAUAUUGUUCGUUCCAUUCUCACACACGAUCAUGUCCAAAACUUUCUCAAAGGAAGACGUCGCAUCGCAUAACAAGCCAGAUAACCUCUGGGUUGUUAUCGAUGAAGAUGUUUAUGACUUGACCAAGUUUCAGGAUGAGCACCCUGGUAUGUUUGAACAGUGGAAAAAAGAGUACGUCCUAAUACCUACUAUCCUCGAUGGGGGUAUCGAUGUUAAUUAUGCACAUUUAGUUCUUUCGCGGGUCGGAGGAAAGGAUGCUUCGAAGCAGUUCUGGAAGUAUCACAACGAAGGAAUUCUCAAGAAGUACAAGGGCAAGCUGCAGGUUGGUUCCUUGAACACAAAGGCCGCGGCUGCACCGGCGCCGGAACCAGCAGCAGCAACCAAGGAAGCCCCCAAGCCUAAGCAGGCAGCUCCAGUGGACGUUUCGGCCCAGUCGUCCGAGCCUCAAGACCCUUAUGGUGACUUGAUUCCCUUUGCCGAUCCUUCAUGGUAUCAAGGCUACUCCUCUCCAUACUUCAACCAGACUCACGCAGCUCUCCGCGAUGAAGUUCGCCAAUGGGUUGAGUCUGAGAUUGAACCCUACGUGACCGAAUGGGAUGAGGCAAAGAAUGUUCCCGAUCGUAUUUACAAGCAGAUGGGUGAGCGGGGCUACCUUGCAGGUCUCUUGGGUGUCAAAUACCCUGUCAACCACACGGACAACCGUGUCCAGUCUGUCGCCCCUGAAAAUUGGGACUUGUUCCACGAGAUGCUCCUUACCGACGAGCUGUCUCGCGCAGGUAGUGGUGGUCUUGUCUGGAACUUGAUCGGUGGCUACGGUAUCGGUUGCCCCCCACUAGUCAAAUACGGCAAGAAGCCUCUUGUUGACAGAAUCCUCCCCGGCAUUUUGAACGGCGAUAAGCGUAUCUGUCUUGCUAUUACCGAGCCAGAUGCUGGAAGCGAUGUUGCUAACCUUACCUGUGAGGCUAAGCUCACCCCUGAUGGCAAGCACUACAUUGUCAACGGCGAGAAGAAGUGGAUUACCAACGGUGUCUAUGCCGAUUACUUCACUACCGCUGUUCGUACGGGCGGGCCCGGUAUGAAUGGUAUCAGCGUCCUUCUCAUUGAGAGAGAGCACGGUGGAGUCAGCACGAGGCGCAUGGACUGCCAGGGUGUCUGGAGCAGCGGCACGACUUAUGUCACCUUUGAGGAUGUUAAGGUGCCGGUGGAAAACCUCAUUGGAAAGGAAAACCAGGGUUUCAAGGUCAUCAUGACCAACUUUAACCACGAGCGCAUUGGAAUUGUCAUUCAGUGUGUCCGAUUUGCUCGUGUGUGCUACGAGGAAGCGAUGAAGUAUGCCCACAAGCGUAAGACCUUUGGCAAGAGACUCAUCGAUCACCCUGUUAUCCGGAUGAAGCUCGCACACAUGGCCCGUCAGAUUGAAGCGACGUACAACUGGCUGGAAAACAUCAUCUAUCAAUGUCAGUCCAUGGAGGAGACUGAAGCGAUGCUCAAGCUGGGCGGUGCAAUCGCAAGUCUCAAGGCUCAGUCAACGACUAUCUUCGAGUUCUGCGCUCGUGAGGCUAGUCAGAUCUUUGGUGGUCUGAGCUACAGCCGCGGCGGCCAGGGUGGUAAGGUGGAGCGGCUAUACCGUGAUGUUCGUGCCUACGCUAUCCCUGGUGGAAGUGAGGAGAUCAUGCUGGACCUGAGUAUGCGUCAGAGUCUACGUGUGCACAAGAUGUUUGGCAUGAAGUUGUAAAUGAGCGCACUUGGUUUUCUUCUCGUAUAUUUAUUCCCCCUCUUCGUCCUUGAUGUUGUUUGGAUAUAACCUUGG